UGCCAUGGGCCACAGAAAACACACUUGGCAGACAGAGUCACAAAGCAGGAUGGAGGGACCCAGGAGACAAAACGUGAGAGGAAUCCAUGCCAGGUUCCUCAGACAAAACCCUCGCUUCAUAAAUGCACCAAUAUGCAACAUUAACUAUUCUCUCGAUUGCGAUGCAAGUGCACCAGAAUGCAUGCAAUGGCCACAUGUAGAAAAAAGCAAAGAUACAGAAAGAAAGGAUAGCAAAGACACAAGUAUCUCAGCACCAGCGAUUAAACCAAAAUUCCAUAAAGCACCAAAGACAAUAGUACAGGAACUACUGUCAGACCCAAAAGAAGGGACUAGCAACAGGAAGAAUCUCAAAGAGCAUAUCUCUUUCAAGCAUCAAUACAACUGUCGCAAGGACCCCAACGAGCCUGUUAGAGGAAAGCUUCACGGGAGCUUCAUAUGCGAACAAUAGCCUAUACAUCAUCUCAUUCAAACUACUAAUAAAAUAAAUGAAUAAAUAAAUAAAUAAUAAAUAACUUGUUUGUUUGUUUACUAUAACUACUACAGUCUACUAUAGACGUUGACUCACA